AGCUCCUGCACUUUGUGUAUGGGGAGAGUGCAGAGCUGCUGCCUGAGGAGCUAGGACCCCUUGAUGAGGCGGCCAGGGCCUUGGGGAUACAGUCCCUGGAAGGAGCAUGAGGAAGGGCUCGAGGAGACAGGGCUAAAGAGCCAGAUCCAGGCCUGUCCCAGCCUGGCCUCCAUGCAAGUGCACAUGCGCGGCCACUCGCCCAGCCAACUCCCGCCCGGAUGCACCAUCCGCUUCACCUUCCUCUACUCCUCGAGACCGUCCUGGCCCUCGACCUCUCUCUGUUGUCCCCCUUCCUCCAUCACCUGUCGGGGUGUUGGUAGCGUCUUAGCCAAGAGUCCAAUUAAAGAAUGAAAAGCCUGCCGGCUAGGCUUCUGACCUGGCACCGCUGCUACAGCGGCCUAGCAAAUUCCGCCCCAGAAAGGGCUCCGAGUGCCCUCUCCCCGACGAUCGUGGGUUGCAGAAGCCCAGGCCAGCAAGCUGUACAGGGUAAGGGCACUGAAGUGUGCAGGAGCGAAGGUUAACCGUAGGAUUGUCGAUCGCAUCAGCAUAAUAAAGAGUUUCCUGUGUUCUCCCUUCAAAAAAAAAAAAAAAUAUUGGCAGACCGGGCGCAGUGGCUCACGGCUGUAAUUCCAGCAUCUUGAGACGACUGAGGCAGGCAGAUCAUAUGAGGUCUUACUUCCUCAUCACCAAAGGAAUAAUUUAUGGUGUUAUUGUUGAACUGCCAAGUGUUGGCUCUAUGACUGAUGAACAUGGGCAUCAGAGGCCAGUAGCUUUCCUGGCCUACAGAGUAAAUGGACAAUAUAUUAUGGAAGGACUUGCAUCCAGCUUCCUGUUUACAAUGGGAGGUUUAGGUUUCAUAAUCCUGGACCGAUCGAAUGCACCAAAUAUCCCCAAACUCAAUAGAUUUCUUCUUCUAUUCAUUGGAUUCGUCUGUGUUCUAUUGAGUUUUUUCAUGGCUAGAGUAUUCAUGAGAAUGAAACUGCCGGGCUAUCUGAUGGGUUAGAGUGCCUUUGAGAAGAAAUCAGUGGAUACUGGAUUUGCUCCUGUCAAGGAAGUUUAAAGGCUGUACCAAUCCUCUAAUGUGAAAUGUGGAAAAGAAUGAAGAGCAGCAGUAAAAGAAAUAUCUAGUGAAAAAGUAGGAAGUAUAUUGAAACUUGGACUAGAAUUUCUUUCUUGGUUUAAAGAGACAAGCUGAUCACAAUAUUUUUUUUUUCCUGCUGACCUACUGCUAUACCAAUGACGUUGAGUGGCAUUUUAUUCUUAGUUUUUCAUUUCUUAAAGAAAAUAUAUUCCAUAUCUACAACUAUAAUACCAAAUAAAGUGAUUAUUUUUUACAACUCCCUUAACAUUUUUUGGAAAUGACAUUCUGAUUUUCAGAAAUUAACAUAAAAUCAAGAGGCAAGAUUCCAUAAGCUGAGAACUCUGGACAGCUGAUCAGCUUUACCUAUGGUGCUUUGCCUUUAACUAGAGUGUGUGAUGGUAGAUUAUUUCAGAUAUGUUUGUAAGACUGUUUCCUGAACAAUAAGACGUAUGAAAGGGGCAGAAAUAAAUACUUUUUCUAAUUAAAAAAAA